AGUCCCCUGUCGGAGUAGGCUGUGGACAGAGCCCCUAUUGUUCCCAGCCCACUCCUGCCUAAUAUGGAAUUUCGCAAGGAAACCAAUGCUUUCCUGACACUGACGAUGCGUAGCAGCGUAGGGGCGAAUGUGGAAAGCUGUUUGGAGUAUGAAGGGGAGUAGGCUAAACCAGGGUCAAAGACACCGCUUUUGUAUUGGUUUUGUCGCCGGACCUGGAAAAUGUAAAAUGACGGAAAUCAAGUUGUAGGAGUUAUCGUGAGUUUUAUGAAACUGCUCUCCAUGGCGCCGUUUUGUUUCGGAAGCGCGAGCUAAAGCGUGUGUCGCCUACUUGACGAAUUUGCCUGCACACCUUACGACACGUAAACUCGAUUGUUUAAACUGGUCAACCCAAGAUUAACGUGUCAAAUAUUUAUAUAUCUGUCGACAGAAGACUUGACUACCUGUGGUGAAUAUAGUUUCUGGACUUGUCCAACUAUCAUGCAUACUCUCAGCUCGAAAAGUAGGCAGAAUACAGUGGACGCGGUUGAGGAUGGAGGCAGUAACAGCAAUCGUGUCGAUACUACGACCAAGAUGAUGUUGAAAUGUGUUGUGGUCGGCGAUGGAGCGGUGGGAAAAACCUGUUUGCUUAUGAGUUACGCAAAUGAUGCUUUUCCCGAAGAAUAUGUGCCAACUGUAUUCGAUCAUUACGCAGUGAAUGUAACAGUAUCUGGAAGGCAGCACUUACUGGGAUUGUACGAUACUGCUGGACAAGAGGAUUACAAUCAGCUACGGCCCCUCUCUUACCCCAACACAGACGUCUUUCUCAUCUGCUUCUCCGUUGUGAAUCCAGCUUCCUAUCACAAUGUUCAGGAGGAAUGGGUACCUGAGCUCAAAUCCUGCAUGCCUCACGUGCCCUACAUCCUCAUUGGAACACAGAUUGACUUGCGAGAUGACCCAAAGACACUGGCACGUCUGCUCCAGAUGAAGGAGAAGCCCCUGACCUAUGAACAAGGCCUCAAACUAGCCCGCGAGAUUGGAGCCCAGUGCUAUCUGGAGUGUUCGGCAUUGACUCAGAAGGGACUAAAGACAGUGUUUGACGAAGCCAUCCUGACAAUAUUCAGCCCUAAGAAAAAAAAACGAGGCUGCGCAACCUGCGUGAGAUGUUGUGCUAUCGUGUGAGGAUAAAACAUCUCCAACUGUGAAAACCCACAGUCCUCCAAAGCUUCAGGCAAUGUAACAGACCCUAAACCGCCUCCAGUCUGCUGUACAUCCUUCCUUUCUCCAUCCGCCUGUUGUCCCUCAGGACAAUGAGCGGUCUUGCCCUCGGGUUUGUGUGUCUCGUGGAGAGCUUCCAAAACAAGUGCCUUAAUUUCUUCCUAAGUUGCCUUACAGGAUUCACUUCUCAAGCCAAAGAAGUUUCAGAGCGGACUGUGGUUAUUUGAAGCGACGUGGCGUGACGUCGCCAAUCUCCAAUCAAACAAACGUUUUAGAUUUAGCUCUGGACCGUAUAUUAUAUGGUUUCCAGAGGCUUAUGAAAAAAUGAAAAUCCAUUCCUCCUUGCAAGCUGUUCUUUUCUCAGUCACCUCAAAUCAAUAUUGUGCUCUUUCUGGAGUCAAUGAUUCAGCAGUUCGAGCUAGUUAAUAAGGGAAAUUCUCUGGAGGAUGGCCAACUCAUCAAUAGAGGUAGAGCGAAAGGAAGAAGAGAGCACACAAGUGUAAGAAGUGCAACUUUACCGCAAAUCAUUGGGUCAUUUAAAAUUAGCAACUAAUGAUUGGCAAAAAAAAAAAAAAAAGUUGCAUACCUACACAUCCAAAGACACCAACAGUAAUACUUUAAAAAGAGUGACAAUCAAGCACACUAUAUGGAGGCUGAAGUCUGUCAGUGACAGGAUAAAGGGAAAAUGUAUAUUGUGACAACAUUAGUCCAUGAAUCAAUCGUUUU